ACAGAAUGGAGAUACUCCAGAUACACACUUCCGGAGCCCGCCUGUCCCUGUCGAACACUGAGUGGGAGGUGCUUCUGGAGAAAACCGAUGGCUACUCAGGUUGUGACCUCGCAAACCUGACAAGCAGCGCACUUUUAGAGCCCAUGCGUGACAUGGUCAAAGCUACUCACUGGGUCACCACUUCCUCCGGCCAGAUAAUGCCAUGUGCCAGUAAUUAUCCAGGUGCUGUUCAGAGACCACUGUGCGAUCUGCCAGCUGAUAAGGUUGUGGCUCGUGACGUUACAUUAGCUGAUUUCUCGACGGCCAUGCAAAGCACACACAAGACCGUCAGCAGUGAUGAUCUUGUCAAGUUUGAGUGCUUCACUGUCAAGUAUGGGCAGUUCGGCUAAAUGAAAUCAGACGCUACAAAAAUGUGUACAGACAUAUCAGCUUGAAUAUCCAGUUUCAACAGACUUUCAGGUGAAAAAUUUCUUCAGUUGAAUGAAGUGCCAUGUUUGGACAAAAAAAUAAAAGGUAUAAACUCUACAAGAAAACUUACAUUCCAUA